ACUGGCAGGUGUACACUCAGGUUGUAGACUCACGAGUAUACUCUCCGUUACUGACGUUUACCUUUUGUCUGUGGGAAUUUCCCACAAUAUGGGAAAACGCAGGAGCUUUUUUUACCGGCUCCACCGCAGGCCCCGGCAGCAGUGGCAACCCCAAUGGUCUCCUCUUGUUCCUUCGAACUUUUCGGCUGGCCGGGUUCACCCUGCAGCUCCUGCGUGUGUGCCUCAACUGGGAACCCGAUACCCUGCUCGAUUUUUGAGUCACCACCGAGGUCUUCAGCCCCGUUUUGCAUCCGGAAGGAAUUUCACCCCAACCUCAAGCGCCCUACGGCGGGCCCUGCCUCCUCCGGUGUGGAGGUCCCCCUCAAGGAAGAGUCGUGCUGUCUGCAAGGCACUUGGCACACAGAAGCCCCAUGAGGCUGCCUUCGCUACAAAUGCUGGCCCCGAUGGAGGUGACAGCAGAAGAGCCGGAAGAACCAAUGGAGGCGACAGCAGAAGAGCCGGAAGAACCAAUGGAAGAACCAAUAGACGAUGAGGUAGAGACCCAGGGGCAGGAGGAGGAGAAAGGGGGCCCCUGUAGCAAUGAACCAACAGCAUCUACCUCGAGGCCCCUGGAGACUCAGGGAAACCUCGCUUCCCUCGACUGCAGGCCCAGGGCCUUAAAGGGAAGUGUCCAAUCCAAGGCCCAUGGAGUGCCCAGCGCACACAGCCCUGCAGGAGGCGUCCUUCCCUUUGGGAAGCCUGACCCAGCUCCAGCAGUGCUCCCUGGCCCAGCUCCUGCCUGCUCCCAUUGGCCAGAGAAGGCGGCCUCUCAGGUGCUGGAGAAGGAGCAGCUACCCAGCUCCUCAGGCUUGCAGAUCCCGGGGAAGGAGACCCAGUGCAAGGAUCCUGCGGCUCCAGUAGUAGGCAGCUCCCCUCCACCGAGAGCUGCCAGCCAAGCAAAACGGUCAGGGCAACCCCAGCAGCUGCCACUGGUCCCUGCCGAGCAAUGGAGGUGGGGCAGAGACGAGGGGCCCUCACCCGCUAAACAUCCCUGCCUAUCCUUGGAAGGAUUCACAAACAACAUGGGGGCGAUAGGUAGCAAUGCAUGGCUGAGGAGACUGAAAAAGCGACGUGGGAGGAUAAACAAGCCCCAUGGGCUCGCGGCGUCCUCUCCAUCCCCACGUGCCUCCAGCCUGGUUGGAAUUCCGUGUGGCUUCACAACACGCCCCGGCCCCCACAGCUCCCCUCCACACCAGCAGCGGCCGCCGGCUCCAACCACGGUGAUCUCUGGCCUUGGGUGCUCCGGCGAGCCCACUGGGGACCGCUCCUGGGGGAAGGAGGCUGCCACCACGUGGGGCCUCUCCACCUGCUCACAUGGCUAAUUCCAGCAACAGCAUCUUCCCGACCAACCCCCAGAGCCUUCCUUCCGGGGAGACCCCACACCCCAGAAGACGGAGGCAGGUGAGUGCACAUUCAUCCACCCUGACGUGCAGAAGCUGCUGGAGACUCUCAUCACCAAGAAGGCAGUGAUGAAGCUGCAACAGAAGAAAGAAGGGACAGGGGGGUGGACUGCCCGCAGAUGACACCACUGCGGAAGGAGUGGGACGCCAUUACUCCACAACCCUUCUGGAACCAGAGAGCCCAACCACCGCAGUCGCCCAGUCCGCAGCAAAUCUCUGAUGCCACGGUCCUCAGUUCCUCAGGCCAUGCCCUUCCCUCGCUGUCAAGGGAAUCCUCUAUACAGGGUCUAGGUUGGCCUCACGGGGCUCCUGUGGGCCUUGCACUGGAGCACAUGGAAUGGGAAGGAUCUCGGCUUGCACACAGCUUCCUCAGAAAACCUUCUCCCACUCCCCUGUGAGGUCAGGCCCCCUGUGCUGGAUUCCCCACCCUGGCCUCUGCACCCUGGGCAUCGUUCUCCCAGAACCCUGAAAGCUUCUUGUGGGUCCAGUGAGGAGGAAAGCAUGUCUGACCACACUCUCAGAACUUACUGUGGCCCUGUUAUAAAUUGUUUCAUAAAAUGUUAGUGAAUGAACACAGGAAUCAAUGCUUCCUAAUGUACCUCAUACACAAGUUGCACCACUAAAAUCAUCCUUUCAUAAAGGAUCAUACUCUUUUCAGUAGCCAAUAUAAUGUUUCAAGGAAAAUCUGUAAAAACAAAAUGGCAUUGAUGCUUCAAAUUUAGCAUAUAAAGAAAUUUCCAAAUUCAAAUGAUUCCAUCUAAGUUACUUAUUUUAUAAGUCAGAUAUGAAUAUUCUUGUAGUUUUUUUUAAUCCUUCAAAGUAAAAAUUUUGGUGUUUAGAGAAUACAAACUGAAAAGCAAUUUUGCUUCAAAACAUUCUUUCUAAUGUGCCACAAAUUUAUUUUUAAAAACGAUUACCAAAGAUGUAUUUUUAAGUAAUUUAAAUACACGACUUGCAACAAAUACAUAUAUUGUAAAUCCACUCUUCCAAAAAUGAGGAGCAGCUAUGUUUACUUUCACAUCUAAAAUGUUAAAAUAUCUAUACAACACAUUGCUUAUUUAAAACCAAAUGUAAAAUAUGGUAUUGAUAAAUUCAGCAUGUAUAUUCGUUGUUUGAAAAUUUUUUUAAUUAUUGAAAAUAGUUAAAUAUCUUUUAAAAAUCUUGUUUGAAAGAUGUUAGAAAAGAGAAGGUAGAAAAGUAGGACUGCGUUCUUAUCACCUAGCAGUUUAACCUCAGUUAUAACUACACACACAUAAUAUAUAUCUGUGUGUGCAUAUGUGUGCAUAAGUGUGUAUAAACAUACAUACAUAUGUGUGUUGUAACGACAUUCCAUUAGCAUCACCCAUUCUGUUUUUUGCUGGCAUACACUGUUUUUAUUAUUCUAGAAAGCAAGGCACAUCACAGUCUCUAGACUUGAGCCUAAGUAACUGUUCUCUCUCCAGCCAGUUCUUGGGUUUGGAAAUUCCCUCCUUGCUCACCCCUUAUGGGCAGUGUGUCCACCUCACCCAAGGCCCUCUGAUUCUGAGGGAAUGCAUUCUCUUCCUGGAUCCACAAGGAAGCGUAAUAUCAAAGGCAAAAACUUCCCAGUCCCAUAACCUUCCCCCUCCCCCUUUCUCCAUCCAGGGAUUAGAGGUCUUUAAAUUUUCCGCACACACCUGGGAAAGGACCAAAGGUCAAUCACUCCAGCCUAAGUUGAAAGGAACUCUUCUCCUUGGCCAGGGGGCUUGGAGAAGGUGGGAAUUCCUCCCAGGUCAAAAGUCCCCUUCUUCCUCACCUCCUUGGAUUCCAUCUUUGGGUCCCCUUCCACCAUCCUUGUGGAAGUUUUCUGUCAGGGAUGUCCCCCUCUGGGGUCCCUUCCAUGCAGUGUGGAAGCUGCUUUCCUCUCCGGGAUUCCAUACCACGAGGACUGUGGAUUUCCCCUUCCACAGUCCUCGUGGAAGCUUUCUCUCUCUCUCUCAUCUUUCUUUUUUCUCUGUCUAAAUAAAUCACUUUCUGCAAAAACUCUUUGGAGUUCGAUACUUGCUUGUGAGUGCACCGCACCAUGGUCCCCUCUCCCAUUCUUGGGUGAGUGAGAGACCAAGAGCCUGGAAAAAAUCCUCUCAGGGGAGCUUAGUGGUCCCCUGCACCCCAGAACCUGGAAACCAUUAGUGGCAAACCAGCCAGGAGGAGGCAGUCAGGAGCCAAGAAAGCAUGUCAGAAUGGUGAGUUAUAUCCGACACCCUUUCACUUGAAUUGUCUAUCACUUUAAGAACACCUGAGUGGAGAUGAGAAAUCCAAACUAAUGGGGAAGGGGAGGCCCCACUGAGAAGCAUCCCAGCAACCCGACCACAGCUGGGUUUCCCUGGACACCAUGAACCACUCUGUCCAAACCUCCUUCACUCCUGCCAAAUCCUCCGUCCGACCGACUGAGAUGCCGAAGGAGGAGCAAGAGGUGGCUGCACCAGGGGUGCCCCACAACCCUGUACCCCCAACAUUCACGGUGAUCCGCAUCCACACCAAGACCUCCGUGCGUGAUCACAUCGUCUGGUCCCUGUUCAAUACCCUCUUCAUGAACUCCCGCUGCCUGGGCUUCACAGCAAAAAAAAACAGCGGUUGGCCGGGUGCAGUGGCUCACGCCUGUAACCCCAGCACUUUGGGAGACUAAGGCGGAUGGAUCACGAGGUCAGGAUAUCAAGACCAUCCUGGCCAACAUGGUGAAACCCCGUCUCUACUAAAAAUAUAAAAAACUAGCUGGGUGUGGUGGCGCACACCUGUAAUCCCAGCUACUGGGGAGGGUGAGGCAGGACAAUCGCUUUAACAUGGGAGGUGGAGAUUGCAGUGAGCUGAGACUGCACCACUGCACUUCAGCCUGGUGACAGAUCAAGACUUGGUCUCAAGAAAAAAAAACAAAACAAAACAGCGGUUGAAGGAAGAAACAGCCACUGGCAGCUCCCACUCGGACGGACAGAGCAGCAUGUGGAGUCUCGCAUCAUGAACUUUUGCUACAGAACGACUGCAGGAAUAAACCAGGAAUGCCAGGAGAACGCACAGACCCUCUGAAGGAAGCAGAUUGCUCCUGCAGGAUGCAAGAGACACCCCAAAUACUGUAAGUGCCUAAACUGUGGAAAUAGGAAAGGGGGGAUUGUUCACCCCUGAACACACACAUUCACUGGGAAACCUGAGGGUCUAGAUCAUGGGAGAAGAUUUUGAUCUUACCAGGAGCUGAGUUAAUUUAGAGACCCAAGCAAAACACAGGGGUGGAGGAAGCUGUGGGAAAGACUCCAUGGGCUCUCUGGAUCCCCUAGGAAGCCAUUUCUGCCUUGCCUCACAGGGGUCCUUGGGGAGGGCUGCCAGAAGUACUGGGAAAAGACAAUGGGGAGAAGUAAACCACUAGCUGAACUAUGUAACAAUUCCAAACCAAGUAAGUCUCCUGGCCAGAACUCGGGGGAGGGCAUGAAUCUGCUGUGUAGACUCCACAGACAGGGAAGCAUGAAAGCCCUACUUGCUUUCACAGUUGGGAGGCUACUAGCCUGGGGCCGGUUCUCAGCCCUGCUCACCCACUGCCUAGAAACAGACUGGGUGCUGUUUGGAGGGUAUGUGGGAGUGAGACCAGCCUUUUGGGUUGCGUGUGAGCUGGGUGAGGCCUGCAACUCCUGGCUUUUCCUCACUUCCCUGACAACCUGCAUGACACAACAGAGGUAGCCACAAUCAUCCUGGGACUAUAACUCCAUUGACCUGGGAAACACACCCCCAGCUCCCACAGCAGCUGCAGCAAGACUCGCCCAAAGAGAGCCUAAGCUCAGACAUGCCUAGUCCUGUCCCCACCUGGUGGUCCUUCCCUUGCCACCCUUCAGUUACUGCUGAAGAAAAAGGGCAUAUACUCUUGGGAGUUCUGGGAUCCCACCCACCACCUGAUUCUCCACGUAGAACCACAGCUGAUGCUCUCUUGAAAGUACCACCUCCCAGCAGGAGGCCGACCAAUAUAAAAACAGUGCAUUGAACAAACAAAACUACGGACCUCAUAGAAUUCCUCUUACCCACCAGCCAUGAGAGACCCACAGAUGGUUCCUAUCACAGGACUCUGUGCAGACAACCCCCAGUACUAGCCCAGAGCCUAUAGACCUGCUAGGUGGCCAGAUCCAGAAGAAAGAUAGCCAUUACUACAGCUCAGCUUUCAGGAAGCCACAUCCCUAAGAAAAGUGGGAGAGAACUACAUUAAGGGAACAUCCAGUGGGACAAAAGAAUCUGAACAACAGCCUUGAGCCCUAUACUUUCCCUCUGAUAGAACCUACCCAAAUGAGAAGGAAACAGAAAACCAACUCUGGAAAUAUGACAAAAUGAGGUUCUUUAACAGCCCCCCAAAAUCAUACUAGCUCACCAGCAAUGAAUCCAAACCAAGAAAGAAAUCCCUAAUUUACCUGAAAAAGAAUUCAGAAGGUCAGUUAUUAAACUAAUCAAGAAGGUACCAGAAGGAGGCAAAGCCCAAUUUAAGGGAAAAAAAAAAAAAAAAAAUACAAGAAAUGGGAACACAGCAGCAUUAGGGUUUGGCUCAUCCCAAUUCACAGAUGUUGCUGCCUACCUGGUCUCUCUCUGCUGCUAUUUGCCACAAUUUCUCCUGACACCAGGCUGAGUGACUUUGUUUCCAGAUGGAAAGAGAGGAAGGAGGCCCCUGGACUACACACACAUUCCAGGAAAUGGAGGCAAUAGUAACACCACACCAGGACUCACGGGCUGGGCUGGCAAUGCCUGCUGUUGAACUCCUUAGACACACACACAUUCUUCAGCAGCUACUCCAUGUAUACUACACCUGCAGAAUGCAUCGCCGACACAUCUCAGUUUUAUGGGCUGGUAGUAUUGUAGUACUAGGGACCGCUUCUUCAGUAUUUCAAUUCUGGUGGUCAGGAUGCGUGGAGAGGUCAUGGCAAGCACUCAAGUCCGAGCGCUGUGACCGUCAAGCCACAGUUGGUCCUUUAUACACCUUUAUACAGAGGCAGCUUAGUCACUUAAAAAAGGGAUCAGAAACUUCUUUCUUUUUUUGUUUUUUGCUUUUUUGUUGUGUUUUUUUUUUUUGAGUCAAGGUAUUACUCUGUUACCCAUGCUGGGUGGGUGACACAAUCACAAUUCGCAGCAGCCUCAACCUCCCAGGCUCAAGCAAUCUUCCUGCUUCAGCCUCCUGAGUAGCUGAGACCACAGGUGGAUGUCACAUGCCUGGCUAAUUUUUUUAUUUUUAUUUUUAGCAGAGACUGUGUUUCACCAUGUUGGCCAAGCUGGUCUGGAACUCCUGACCUCAAGGGAUCUGCCCGCCUUUGCCUCCCAAAGUGCUGAAUUACAGGUGUGAAGGUGUGAGCCACCAUGGCCAGCCAAGAUUUAUUUAUGAGGAUUGUUUUUCUCUGUUAUAAGAGCCUACCCCCACCUCCCUGCCAAGAACUAUUGUUUCACCU